GAAUGUCUCUCUCUCUUUUUUUUUCCUGGUAUUUGCGCAGGCUCGUAGAAACGUCGAUUAGGAAUAAAAUUACGAGAGCGAGACAUGUAUUAGUAUUUGUAUUGUGAGGGGUACUAAGAGAGAGGGACAGCGAAGUUAGGUAUGGACCAGAUUCGGCAAAGUUUGUUUCCGUUUUUCGCCCAAAGGUUCGCGAAUGCUCAUUUCCAUGGAAUCCCCGUAGAGAGGUUCACGGUAGGUGGACAUGGAUUCCCUUUCUCGGCGCCCAUGUUUCUUGGCCCACAGCAUCACCCGCCGGUCCCUGCGUCGACAGCCCCUUCCCCAUUGAUCACUCCCCCGUACCCCAAUCGAAUGGCGCCACCAGUGGGGGUUCCGACCUUCAAUUUUUCUCAAGCGGACGUGGACAGUGUUCUGUAUGGUUAUACCAAGAAUCGGGAUAAGAGAUGCAACGGACAUGCUAUUUCAAAUUUAAGAAUUGGGGACCUUUCUCAUGGAAUUGAUAAAAUAUUAUCCCGGGAGGGAUUUUCUCCAGACAAGAAAGCACCGAGUGAUAAAGGAACACCCCAGCCAUCCAAUAAAGUCAUCGACGUCAGCGGCCUGGGAAUUCCCGAGGGUUUGGUGUUGAUACAAACUGCGUAUGCUGGAGUCCACCAUUACGGAGUGUUCUGUGCAAAAACCGUUCUGAGCCGAGGGACUCGAUUUGGCCCGUUCAAAGGAAAAGUCGUCAAUACGAGCGAAAUUAAAACUAACGACGACAACUCUUUUAUGUGGGAGAUAUUUGAAGAAGGAAAACUCAGCCAUUUCAUCGAUGGCCGUGGUACUACUGGCGGGUGGAUGUCCUUCGUGAAUUGUGCCAGGUAUGCCCAAGAACAGAACAUGAUAGCCGUGCAGAUCGAGGGAGACAUCUACUACGAAGUCUGCAAAGAUAUUCCGAAUGGCACGGAACUCCUCGUCUGGUACGGUGACUGCUACCUACAGUUUAUGGGAGUGCCAGUGUCUCUAAAAGACAUGGCGGACGGCGGGGCGCAGGAAGAGUCUGAGUCCACGGGGGAGGGUUACCAAUGUGAAAGGUGUGGCAAGGUGUUUGCCUACAAGUACUAUAGGGACAAGCACCUGAAAUACACGCGCUGUGUGGACCAAGGGGACCGAAAGUUCCCCUGCCAUCUCUGUAGCAGGUCUUUUGAAAAGAAGGAUCGGUUAAGAAUUCAUAUUUUACAUGUACACGAGAAGCACAGGCCACACAAGUGUAUCGUCUGCGGGAAAAGUUUCAGCCAGUCCUCUAGUCUGAACAAGCACAUGAGGGUACACAGUGGAGAGAGACCUUAUAAAUGUGUCUACUGUAACAAGGCAUUCACAGCUUCAAGUAUUCUUCGUACUCACAUUCGACAGCAUUCAGGCGAGAAGCCUUUUAAGUGCAGACAUUGCGGAAAGGCUUUUGCUUCCCAUGCAGCCCACGACAGCCAUGUUCGAAGAACGCAUUCUAAAGACAAAGUCUACGCAUGCUCCGUCUGUGGAAAGUGCGUUUCGAAUGCAUACGAACUCAAACUGCAUAUGAAUAUUCAUUCCAUGUCGUAGAACAUCAAGUGCUUAUGUUUUUCGUCUGUGAUGGUCAUGUAAUAUAGCGAAUUUGGUGUGUUUUAUAUUAAAAAUGUUUUGUCUUUUUGCCCAAUAUUUAAAAUGUUUUUAUAUAUUUGUUUGAUACAGUUUUAAAAUAAAGUACAACUUAACUGCAA